AUGGCUGCAGAAUCUAUCGCCAUCACUGACACCCACACUCUUCUUAGCGUCAACAUGACGAACGUCACCCGCCUCACCACCACCAACUUUCUUAUGUGGAGCCGUCAAGUUCAUGCUCUUCUGAAUGACUACUCUCUUGCUGGAUACCUUGAUGGAUCCACCACUGUGCCAUCUCUCACCAUCACCACCGAAGAUGGUGUUGUCAAACCAAAUCCCGACUACCUGCUCUGGCAACGCCAAGAUCAGCUCAUUUACAGUGCGCUGUUGGGAGCCAUUUCUGUCUCCAUUCAGCCCAUUCUGUCCACUACGGUGACCUCUGCUCAGAUCUGGUCGAAACUGUCUCUCAUCUAUGCAAAUCCCAGCCGUGGUCAUGUUCAGCAGAUCCGCCAACAAAUUCGUCAAUGGAAGAAGGGAUCCAAAACGAUCGACGACUAUGUCCAGGGUUUUAUGACUCGCUUCGAUCAGCUGGCUCUCCUUGGCAAGCCUAUCGAUAUUGAAGAUCAGGUGGACUACAUCAUUGAUGGUCUCCCUGAAGAUUACAAGCAGGUCAUUGACCAGAUUCAGGCCCGUGAUGUGUCCCCUUCACUCACGGAGGUUCAUGAGAAGUUGUUGAACUACGAAGUCAAGCUUCAAGCCUUGACCUCUUCCUCUACUGAUCUCCCGAUCUCUGCCAAUGUGGUUCGUCAUCACGCACCCUCCAACAAUGGCAACCGAUCCACCUAUCCACGUGGUCAGUCCCGUCACUCAUACUACCGUGGCUCUUCCUCUCAUCACAACAACUCCCAUCCCAGGCAGGACGCAUCUUCCUCCCGUGGCUACCAAGGCAAAUGUCAGAUUUGUGGGAUCUUCGGCCACAGUGCUAGGCGCUGCCCUAAGCUGGGCACCAUUAUCCCAUCCAUGCCUCGUGCUAACUUUGCUGGUGUACCACUGUCCGCCAAUCCCUGGCUGCUUGAUUCUGGCUCCACCCACCACAUUGUCUCAGAUCUUGCUAACCUCUCUUUACACCAGCCUUACAAUGGUGGUGAAGAAGUUGUUGUUGGUAACGGUGCUGGGUUACCAAUAACCCAUACUGGUUCCACUCUUUUACCCUCUUCUACCAAAAACCCCUGA